AGCUCCCUUGGAGAGCAGCGGCAGUACACGGGCAGGCCUGCAGCUGAUCCCUGGGCGACUUGGGACUCGGUGGGGCACCUACUGUGUGCCCCGUGGUAAGAGCCUGUCACGGCUGCUUGACAGAGCCCAGGUAGCCUCUGAAGGAGGGACCCAGUGGACUCCUGAUCCCGUGCUUUUAUCUUUUUUAAAAUAAUAUUUUACUUUGUUUUCAGUGAAAGUUUAUUCAGCGGUUUGGUUUCCAUUUGACAGUUUCUACACAAAUCGUCCAGUGACAUUAAUUAGAUUUUUAACAGUGCGUCAGCAUUCUCUUUAAUUGCGUUCUGGUUAUUCUGUUUGCGACCCCAUGCAUUUGCACAGGGCCCCGCCUCCAGGUCACUGAUGGGAGUUUUCAGCCAAGGUCUCCGGCCCUCAGGCCAAGAGUCCUGCACCUCGUGGGUGGCCACUGUCUGUUUACCUUAUGUCAACUCUCAGAGUCUACUCUUGGGUAAAAGGAGGCCCGGUAUGGGAAGGGAAGGGCAGACUUCCACGGUUUUAGGGUGAGUUUCAUAGGACGUAGUGACCAAGAGCACAGACAGAAUAAGGUUCAUUCAACAAAUGUUUACUGUUAUAUAUGCGGGGCAUUCAAAUUCUCUUUUCAUCUGCUAGCUGUGUGCCUUUGAGUAAAUUACUUGUCCUCUCAGAGCCUCUGUUUUUUGCUCUGCAAAACUAAAAUAAAAGUACCUUCCUUACAGGGUUGCAUCUGGGCGCGGGGACCAGCUGCCAGUGCCCACCUGGAGCUAAUGGCUUCGAUGGGUACACCACUGGCUGAGGGCCGACCCCACCACCACCACCAAUACUUUCCACAGCUCCUCCGCCACAUCACAGAUCACUCCUCUGCUCUGCAAACUCCUCCAGCUCCCACAAACAUCCUGAAACUGGGUUGCUGUGAGGAUUACAUGAAACAAUGCCAGGUUACCUGUGUAUGGUCUCUCCUUUUAAGAGAGGAAGAAAGAAGAAUCUCUGCAGCCCUCAGAUGUGGGCAUCAGAACUCACAGGCGUGAGAUGUGUGGGCACUUAUUGGAAGUUUCAGCAGCCCCACCUAUUCCCAGGGAGGCCAAGAUCAUUCCAGGUGGAGACCCAUGCCAGGCUGUCAGCUUCAAGAAGCAAAUGUUCCUUUCCAGGCCUUGGCUGGUCCUCAGAGGUCCCAUGGGGAUGGAUGAAGCCCACCAGGCCUGUGGCAGUCCCCAGUAGCCAUCGUCUCACCAGGGCCCCACAGUGGCGUUAGGAUGCACCUCUCGGCGGUGCUCAAUGCCCUCCUGGUGUCAGUGCUGGCGGCAGUCCUGUGGAAGCACGUGCGGCUGCGUGAGCAUGCAUCCACUCUGGAGGAGGAGCUGGCCCUCAGCCGACAGGCCCCUGAGCCAGCUGCAGUGCUGAGGAUCGACUACCCGAAGGCACUGCAGAGCCUGAUGGAGGGCGGCACGCACAUGGUGUGCACAGGCCGCACGCACACUGACCGCAUCUGCCGCUUCAAGUGGCUCUGCUAUUCCAACGAGGCCGAGGAGUUCCUCUUCUUCCACGGCAACACCUCUGUGAUGCUGCCCAACCUGGGCUCCCGGCGCUUCCAGCCUGCCCUGCUCGACCUGUCCACUGUGGAGGACCACAACACCCAGUAUUUCAACUUCGUGGAGCUGCCGGCCGCCGCCCUGCGCUUCAUGCCUAAGCCGGUGUUCGUGCCUGACGUGGCACUCAUCGCCAACCGCUUCAACCCUGACAACCUCAUGCAUGUCUUCCAUGACGACCUGCUACCUCUCUUCUACACCCUGCGGCAGUUCCCCGGCCUGGCUCAUGAGGCCCGGCUCUUCUUCAUGGAGGGCUGGGGCGAGGGGGCUCACUUCGACCUCUACAAGCUUCUCAGCCCCAAGCAGCCACUCCUGCGAGCACAGCUAAAGACCCUCGGCCGGCUGCUGUGCUUCUCCCAUGCUUUUGUGGGCCUCUCCAAGAUUACCACCUGGUACCAGUAUGGCUUUGUUCAGCCCCAGGGCCCGAAAGCCAACAUCCUUGUCUCUGGCAGUGAGAUCCGGCAGUUUGCACAGUUCAUGACAGAGAAGCUGAAUGUGAGCAACACAGGGGCCCCCCUUGGCGAGGAGUACAUUCUGGUCUUCAGCCGCACCCAGAAUAGGCUCAUCCUGAAUGAGGCAGAGCUGCUGCUGGCUCUGGCCCAGGAGUUCCAGAUGAAGACAGUGACAGUGUCCCUGGAGGACCAUGACUUUGCAGAUGUUGUUCGGCUGGUCAGCAAUGCCUCCAUGCUGGUCAGCAUGCAUGGGGCCCAGCUGAUCACCGCCCUCUUCUUGCCCCGGGGGGCGACCGUGGUUGAGCUCUUUCCAUAUGCCGUCAAUCCUGACCACUAUACUCCCUAUAAGACUUUGGCCACGCUACCCGGCAUGGACCUCCAGUACGUAGCCUGGCGGAACACGGUGCCAGAGAACACAGUCACGCACCCUGAGCGGCCCUGGGACCAGGGGGGCAUCACCCACCUGGACCGGGCGGAGCAGGCUCGUAUCCUACAAAGCCGUGAGGUCCCGCGGCAUCUCUGUUGCCGAAACCCUGAGUGGCUCUUCAGAAUCUACCAGGACACCAAGGUGGAUAUCUUGUCCCUCAUCCAAACCAUUCGGCGUGUGGUGAAGGGCCGGCCUGGGCCACGGAAGCAGAAAUGGACAGUUGGCCUAUACCCGGGCAAGGUGCGGGAGGCACGGUGCCAGGCAUCAGUGCAGGGUGCCUCUGAGGCCCACCUUACCGUCUCCUGGCAGAUCCCCUGGAACCUCAAGUACCUGAAGGUGAGGGAGGUAAAGUACGAGGUGUGGCUCCAGGAGCAGGGAGAGAACACCUACGUGCCUUACAUCCUGGCCCUUCAGAACCACACCUUCACUGACAACAUCAAGCCCUUCACUACCUACCUGGUGUGGGUCCGCUGCAUCUUCAACAAGAUCCUCCUGGGACCCUUUGCAGAUGUGCUGGUUUGCAGCACGUAGCAAGUGCGCCAUGGCCAGGCCUCAGAAGGGCAGUUCCUCCAGCUCAAUGCCCCUGAGCCCACUAGCCCCACUGUGGCUUCUGAGAUUGAUUUAUUUAUUGAGAAGGCCUGACCCAGGCCUAUGCCUCAGUGUCUUCUUUUGCAUCUGGUGUGUGGUGUUCACAGCACUCCUCUUUACAUUGGUGAGGUGGGAUUCUCCCCCAUCUUUCUCCCCCGCCGAGCAUCCAUACACCUGCGUAAGUUCCUUAGUGGGGAGAAAGAAGAAGGAAGGGAAGAAGCCUAGGGAGGCUCUCUGGCUAAGUGAUCAUGCUGUUUUCCUACUGAGUCCCUCUGGUCGGUAUCCACAUUUCUGGAAACUGAAUGAUCAGUCGUGGUAGCUUGGGUAGGUGGUUUGUCAGCUUCCAUCAUUAUGAAAUUCACCUGUAGCCCAGUGAAGGGUGUAUCUGGAACGUUCAUUAAAUGGUUAUAAACAUCUUGGUCAAGUCAUCAUCCUUAGAGGAUUGGAAGGGGGGCUGGUAGUCAAAUACCCAAAUGAAAAAACAAACCAAACAAGUUGCUGUCAAGUCAGUUGUAACCCAUGGCAACUUCAUGUGUUUCAGAGUAGAACUGUACUCCAUAGGGUUUUCAGGGGCUAUGACCUUUUGGAAGCAGAUCACCAGGCCGCUCUUCUGAGGCACCUCUGAGUGAAUUCAGACUGCCAGUCCUUCAGUUAGUAGCCAAGUACUUUACCAUUUUUACCACCCAGGGAUUCCUAGUCAGUACUUGGAUACCAUUUAAUUCUGGUUGACAACCAAGGAGAUGUGACAACAGGUAAGCAUCAAGGACUAUGAAGCAAGGCAGCCUGGUUGGGUUUCAUCUUGACUGGCUGGAUUAAUACCACAGUUCCAUCUAAAUGGGAAAGAAGCCUGGAAGUGGAAGUAGGUAGGCGAGGGCUAUGGUGAGGGAAAGCAGUGUCCACCAGGGUCUCAGCUAGACAUUCAGGCUCACAAGACCUGACAGGCCACACUGGGCAUCAGAUUCACUUAGAAGGACAUAGCAGAGGAUGCUCAGCCUGCCAGCAGGGCAGUGUGUCAGGCAGUUUUCUUCCACGGGGGAGUCCUCACGGCAGCCCAGAGCCUCUUCUCUUACUGUCUCCCCCAGGUGACGGUUCAGGUGUGAGAUGAGAUCCACAUCAGUAGUUGUGGGGAGCUACCUUGGCUUAGAAACCCCACCCGCGAUCGGAGACAGUAUCCAUUGUAACAACCCACCAUCAGAGUUCCCAGGGUCGUUCAAGGAGCAUGCCCUUAUGAGAGUCAUUGUACUCAGGGAAGCCUAAAGCUACAGCUUCCUACCAUAUCAUUCAUUGCCCUUCCAGUCCAGAUGCAGUUUAUCAAUCAGGGUCAUUUUUACCAUCAACAGGUUGCCUAAUACCACACUGCAAACCGAGCUACAAAGUUAACCCAAGAUCAGGUUUGUCCUUAGAGAAGGAGAAAGGAUUUUAACCUUUUGUUCAUAGACCCUGAGGGAGGUCUGGCUCCUGUAUAAGGAGAGAGGCAGAGAAGGGGCUUGAGUAGUAGAAUUUCAGGCCGCAGAGCAGUUCUAAGUAACUUUCACCUGAUUGAUCAGGAGUUCUUGAGCCAAAGUCAUCCGUUGUAGGAGUAUCCCCGCCACGCUUGGUUGUUGGCCGAGAGCCUCAGUGGCAAGUGCAUGUCAGUGCUAAUACAGUGGUGGGUUCAAAACACAGCAGCUGAGGCCAUCCUAUUAGCAGUUUCCAGAGCAGGAGCUCUGAAUGGGGCAUUUUCAGGAUCACUCUGCACUUCCGUGACAUUCCUUUUACCAACAAUAUCUUGCUCUCUAACUAAAAUCUCCCCCGGUGACCACAAACUGCCAUGUGAAGCCACACAACGAGAUUCAGCUCACUGUAGCUGUCAACACUGCUGGUGUGGGGGUAAAACGGCACAGCCAGUCGGAACACCAUUUGGCAUUUUCUACUGAAGCUAAACACAUAGCUGCACUGUAUCUCAGCAGUUCCACAUCUAGAUAUAUGCCCAAGGGAAAUGAGUGCUUAGGUCAUUAAAAAGACAUGUAAGAAUGUUCAUAGCCUUGUUCUUUUUUUAUAGUGGUGAAAUUAUAACAAGCAUUUGCCAUUUCAACCAUUUUUACAUGUACAAUUCACUGAUGUUAAUUACAUUCUCCAUGUUCCAAGUUUUUUCAUCAUCCUUAAACUGGAUACCCCUUAAGCAAUAUCUCUUCCC